UGGAAAUACGGAAGGUUGCUAACCAACUUGGCUAACUAAUGCUAGCUAUGUUCGCUAACGUCAAGGGCUAACUUGCCAGCUAGCCGGAAUUAGUAGGCAUAUUAACACCUGGCGUUAAUAAUACUAGACAACGGCUAAGAAUGGAGAGAGACCGAGGUUUUAACUUCAAACUUUUGGUGCCUCCCAGAGUGAAUAAUGGACAGAUAUCUGCUGUUAGACCUCAGGAAAGUUUCGAGAACUGUGGUGAUUUCAUCAAUACACCUAAGCCAGGCUACACUAAAUGUUUUGACAAAGAACAAAGCGUGCCUUUUCCCAGCACAGGUGUGUUUGCAGCAACUAAACCAACCAGACAAGGUAAUAUUCCCAAGAUGAAAGUUGUGCCACCAUUGGAAAAGGAUGAGAAUAACGGCAAUCCUGGACAACUUUAUUCCAAACUGCUUGAUGAAGUUGAGAAAAUAAAAUUUUGGAAGGUCAAAGUUGACUCUGAUGUGGUACAAAAGGAAAGGAGACUCCAAGAAAACAAAACAACAAUUGAAAGUCAGCGCAAAGUCAUUCAAGAAUUGCAGUUUGAAAAUGAAAGGCUCAGCAUAAAGCUGGAGGAACAGAUCAGUGAAGCGGAGGAUCUGAGGAACAAAAACAGCACAACCAGGAACUUGUGUAAUCUUCUCAAAGAUACUUUUGAGAGGUCAUCUGAGAAAAUGCUUUUAUUUGAAUCUGAAAGAGAGGAAACACAUCACCUCUUCUUAGAAAAUAAUGAGGGUAUUCAGAAACUGAUUGCUGCAUUUGAAAGCCUUCGUAUUCAAGCAGAAGCUGAUCAGCAAGAAAUGCAGAGAGUUAAAAAGGGCUUGCUGCAAAUUGAAGAACUAAAAGAGAAAUGCCAUCAAGAAUAUAACAUGAAGGAGAAAGAGGUUGCAGUGCUUCAGACAAAACUUAUGGAUAAGGAAAAUGAACUACAAAACGUCCUGCUUAAUCUUUAUGAAACCCAAAACCAUUGCAAACAACUUCAAGAGACAGCAAAUGAACAGUGUGAACUUCUCAGAAGCUUGAAAACUGAGCAAGAGUCUCUUCUUCAAAAACUGCACCUUGCUGAACAGUGUUGUAAGGAAACUGAGAAAACUCGGGAAGCUAUUUCUGCAGCCCUGGAGCAGAGUAAAGAAGAAUAUGUACAGAUCAUUCAAACAAAAGACCUCGAUUUGCAGGAGCUCAGCAGAGUUAAAAAUCAACAGGCAGAGAAGCUGGAGCAGAUUCAGACAACCAUUCAGGAGCUGCAGAAAUCACUAGCUCUAGAGAUACAGAGGAGCAAGGAAAUUGAGGAUAAACUCUUGGAAAACCACAAGGAACUUGAAAUGACAAAAUCACUUUUAGGAGAGACCAUGGAGCAGAGUGCAAAGAAAGAUGGGCAGAUCCAAAUUCUUGAAGAUGAACUGGACAUAAAAUCUAAAUCCUAUGAGUCCAUGAAGAGUAAGAUUGACAUAACUGAAGUCAGAGUGGGGGAACUCGCAGCUGAGCUUUCAAGGAAAAGUGAAGAAGCCCAGAAAUUUAAGCAUGAAGCAGAGAUGGCCUUUGAUAAAAAUGAUCUACUGAAAAAGGAUUGUGAAGCUGCUGAAAAGGCACGAGAGAAUUUACAGAAGAUGUCUACCUUGACUCAGAUCAAAGUGCAGGAGCUGGAAGGACAAUUACUAACUGAAAUGAAUAAAAAUAAAGAGCAGACUUUUCAGAUGGAGCAACUGAGGAAAGACAUCGCACAUCAGAAAGUAAAAUAUGAGGAGCUCUUAACCAACUUUAAUGAGCUUAAGUCAGAGAAGAUGGCCAUUCAGCAGCAGUUUGACAGCGGAUCCUCUUAUGUGAAAACUAUUGAGGCAAACAUGAAGGUGAGUGAGGAGAAGACUGUGAAGUUCACAACCAUAAUUCAAGGACUGGAAAAGGAAAACCAGUGUUUACAAGAGGAGGUAAACUCUAUUAAAAACCAUUUCCAAGGGAAAUGUCAGGAAACAGAGAGUCUUGAGAAGAAAAUUGAAGAAAAUUGUGAACAAAUGAGAAAGGACAUCACAGAAAAAGAAAAACGGAUCAAAGCUGUAGAAACAAAGCUGUGCAAACUCAGGAAGAAAAUUGAAAUGACACGUAAUGCCCAGGAGAAAUAUCAGAAAGAGAAUAAAAUGCUCAAGAAACAAAUAGCAAAGGAGACUAUGAAAUCCAGUCAACUUGAAACUAUGAUAAAGAGUCUUCAUGAGGAGUCCCAGAACAUUAAAAGACUAAAUGAAGAAGACCAUCAGAAGUUGCUUAAAGAGCUUGAGUCCAAAUCAGCCUUCACAGCAGAUCUUGAGAAUGAGGUAAAAAAGCUCCGAUUAACAGAAGCAGAGGCCAUCAAGAACAAGGAAGAUGCAGAACUCAGGUGUCAACACAAGAUAGCAGAUAUGGUCACACUGAUGGAAAAACAUAAGAGCCAGUAUGACCGGACGAUUGAAGCAAAGGAUGCAGAGCUUGAAGAGAACAAAAAGAAAGAGAUGGAGGCUGUUGCCCAGAGGAACUCACUGGAGUUGGAUCUCUCGAAGCACAAAAAAGAAAAUGAUCAGCUGAAGAAACUGCUGAAGACAGAAACAACAGAGAAGGAAAACCUACAGAAGGAGCUGACUGAUCUGAAGGAAGAAAUCUUAUCAAAGAAAGUCUCUCCACUGUCAGAAGCAAAGAACAAGCAGUCACCUGCCCUGGACUAUAAACAAGGGUGGUGUUCAGAAACUCCCAAAGAGAGCUCUUCAAAGAGACACAUGUUUGACUUCUCCAAAACCAGGAAAAUCCCCUUGUACAGCGAAGAUGAUGGGAGUGCUGCAGUUAUGAAGAUAGCUGAUAUUCACACUGAAGACCUGAAAACCCCAGGAAGUAUUACAAACAGGGCUGGCGGAACAUCAAAGAUUAAAGCCUACAGAAUAAUGACACCACCUUCUGCUGGAAAAGCAGCAAGCUGGGGGAAGAGCACCAUGGAGCUUGAAUCCAAGUCUGACAGCUCGGAUCAAAGUGAUCUAUUUUCUUUUGCCAAUGCACCUACAUCCAAUUUUUCUGCUCCCCGCUGCAAAGUUGACGUCUUUAAAAAGAUCCAGAGUCCUGACCCUCAAAUAUCACAAGGAAAUGCCUUGAAGCUAGCUGCAGUGAAAAGGAUGAGAGAUGCCGGCUGGACUGCUGUCACUGGCUGUGACAAGAAGAAGAAGACGAUUAAUGAAAAGAUCUUUGCUUAAGUAGCGCUGACAAUGGUCAGAUUAACUGAUGAGUAGUAAUAAUAGGCAGAUUGUGUGUUUAUAUUAAUAUGCUUAGGUAGUUGAGUUUGGGGUCAAAUAGACGGUAAUUAACAGCCAAACCUUUUUCUAUUAUUUCUUAACGUACAUAGUAAGUAUUGCUGUACUUACUGUUAACAGAAAGAUUUAGGUGUUCGUUCCAGCUUUUGUGGCAAGUUUGUUCAGAGUUCAGUGUUAAGUGACUGUAGAGUCACCCUCUGUGCUUUCAGGUACUUUGGAAAAUGUUCUGUUUGUUGUAGCACUGUUGUAUGGAAUAAUUUAUCUUUACUGGUGUUCACAUGAAAUCUUAUUCAUUCUGCACAAGUUUAUAUUGCUGGGGUGGUGUCAUGUGUUACUCUCUUAAUAUAUGUAUUUAAUAUUCGUGUGUCCUAGUAUUGGCAGCGAUAUAAGUAAAAGUUGAGGUCAAAUUGA